AUGACUAAAAUAGACAUGAUGUUGAAAGUAUUAUGGGCUAAUCAUGUGGUGGUAGUGGUGGCGAUGGUGAAAGAGAUGGUGGUUAUGGUAGUGGUGGUGGUGGGGAUGGCGGUUGUGGAGGUGGAGGUUGAGGAGGAGGUGGUGGUGGUGGUGGCGGUGCCAGCAUGGUGGUAUAGAGUUAGGAUAAACGACUAG